CAUCCUCUUUCAGCACCACACCGUGUCUUGAGGACCUGAGUCAUUUCCAGGAUGAAACUGGUGAAUUGUGUGUGCCGUCAAUCCACUGCUGGAUAAGGGACCUCCCCACGCCAUCUGGGUUGUUUGACGAUGCUUUAUUAUGCUGGUCAACAACGCUGGUCAGUACGGAUUAAUGAAGACAGCAUAUAUGUUGUAACAUAGAAGUGCGGUACAACAUUGGACUGUGUUGCACUGCCGAUGGCUUCCAUAUUAAAAUGAUUUGUUUACCAAUGCAUCCACUUGUUAGAUUAUGCAGUUUCUAUACUUGGGUGUCAUUACAUGGCAUAAUGCACUCAUAUAUAUGCAUGUAUGUUGAACUUCUUUCGCACCGUACAUAGCCAACCGUGCUAAUUGGAGGUGUGCGGAAAUUCAAGUUGUUGUAUUUGUGGUUGCAGAUAGUGGUGUGGAAGAGAUAUAAUGAUAUUAAGAAGCUGCACAAGGAGCUGUGUAUGAUCCAUCGAAACCUUUUCCGGAGGUCUGAAGAGUUUCCACCUUUUGCAAAGGCAACUGUUUUUGGCUAUGAGCAGCCUUGCUUGCACAGGACGCUUUGAGGAUUCCGUGAUUGAGGAGAGGCGACAGUGCGCCGAGGACCUGCUGCAGUUUUCAGCCAACAUCCCGUCCCUCUACAACAGUCGGCAGCUGCAGGAGUUCUUUGAGGGUGGUGAUAAGCACGAAGGAUCGGACAUAAUUGGUCCAGCCGACAGCCCGACCGACUCUUUCUCUGAUUCUCUACACCAGGGACCUGAAGACAGGCUACAGGGCAAGGGCCCGCUGUCAUCGCACGCGAGGGAGGACGGCGGUGAUCGAGACGAAGAGACGGAGAGUGUGGACACGCUGCCCGACCUUCCCGACAUCUUGCUGACCUCCCCAGCGCCUGGCGCGGCAAGCGGCACGGGGUCCGGCUGCAGUGGGCUGGAUGUGUGCGGCCCGGCGGCGACGGGAGGCGGGGUGAGUGAAGCCGCCGCGGACAUUCUUCUACCGAGCCUUCCCUCAACCGCCGGGGAGAUGGAGCCCCCGGCCUCCCCCUUCUCAUCGCCGUUGUCUCCGGACGGUGUUCCUGGCGACGACGAGGCCGAUGAUUGGCCAGACGGAGCCGGGGCUGGGAGGCCAGCCAUGGGCCGGCAGGACAGCCUGUUCAGCCUCUCCACUGCCGGCCGAGGGAAAGACGACUACCUGGUGGUGGCCAGUCAGCAAAUCCAUCUGGCGCUAGCCCAGGAGGUGCUCGGGAACUACCAAGGUGCCUUCGAUGCCUACAAGAUGGGCGUUGACCUACUCCUGCAGGGCGUGCAAGGUGACACGAACACAGUGCGGCGCGACAUGGUGAAGAGGAAGACAGCGCAAUACCUGUUGCACGCCGAGGAGAUCUACACCGGCCACCUGCAGGCCCAGCCGGAGACGGGGGCCAUGGCACAGGCUGACCGGCAGGGUUUGAGCUUUGGACCUCCGAACCUCUGUGCCUCGCCAUUGGAGGACCUAAAAAAAUUCCGAGUUCUUGGCGUCAUAGGCAAAGUGCUGCUUGUUCUUGACCCGAAAAACGGUGAAACGUUCGUCAUGAAGGGGCUUAGGAAGAGCAGCCAGAUGAGCCAGAUCCAGAAGACGGUGGUGGUGCGCAGCGUGCCCUUCUUGGUCCAUCUCAUCCGCUACUUCUCCACCGAAGACUCCAUCUUCCUGCUGUUGCGCUACGCCACCGGAGGACAGCUGUGGUCCAACGUGAGCGGAUUUCUGAACCGGAGCCCCGAGGAGAGCGUGGAGUACGCGAGGGAAGCCGAGGCGGAUGCCGCAGACUCCAGCAGGGAUUCGGACGAGCAGCGAGCAGGCGUCGCCGCACUCCUCGUCCCUCAAGUGGCCACGUCCUCGCCGGCCUCGUCCUCCGAGCCGCCCCAGGCCCCGCUCGCUGACAUCACCGAGAUCAGCAAGGGCAGCUCGUACGACGACGGUAGCACUUCCGAAGACGGCGACGAGGAGGAGGACGAGGAGCUGGAUGACUCGGAGGUGAAAGGUGACGACCGCUCUCUGUCCACAGACUCCGGUGAGAGAGAAUACUCCAACAGCUACCUCAGCUUGUUCCAGGAGUACCAGCAGGAGGCCGAGCAGCGGGUGACGGAGGAGGUGGCUCAGCCUGUGAACGCGUUCUCCGCCACGGACGGGGCCGACUCAAACUCUCAGUGCCAGGAGAUGAGCGGACAGUCGAUGUCGCAUCUGAGCUCGGACAGCCUGUGCUCGCCCGCCACGCUGCAGGAGCACGUGUUUUUCCCGGCCGAAGGCAUUCCGGACGUCUUCGCGGAGCCACCCCGCUCUGGCGACCACCUGCGAGAUUCAAAGAGCAGCCCGAUGGAGUUGUUCAGGAUCGACAGCGGCGACAGCGGCGGCGACUUCCCCUUCGUCGACAGAGUGGACAGCUCGGAAAGGAUGUCGGCGGCACAGGCGGCCGAUGGCCGGGACACGAGCGACACGAUCGAGGACGUGGUGGCCCAGAACGAGAGGAUGAUGAAAAUCAUGCACGACGAGCUGGACGUUUGCGUGGACGCUGGAGUGAGUGACGACAAGUCUGACUCCGCCUCUGAAGUCAUUCCCAUCAUUUCCUUCAGAGAAGCUGCCGAAGAGGACACGUUCAGCCACGGCAGUGGGAGAAGCGAUGUGGGAACUUUCUACGCGAGACCUCGCCCGGGAUCGGCGGCGAGCGGAGCGCAAGAAGUUGUAGGAACUCCGGACUUGUUCGCUACGGAUUCCACGCUACUCUGUGCAACAGGCGGUGUGGAACAGAGUGAACAGGAAGACCGUCACUCAGGGAUGAUAGCUGUUUGUGGUGAGAGCGACGAUCAUGCUACAAAUGAAAUAGAAUAUAAGGUAGACAGUAAUGGAGUUGUGUCCGCUGCCGACGUGGUUCUGGGCGCCGCGGUUGACGCAACAACGGAGGCGAGCAGAACAAACGACGAAGUAAGAAUCGAAGCAGACUCCGACCUUGGCGCGGUGGUCGACAGUGUCCGCGAAGGAGACAAAAAACUCGAGGGCAAUUCUCACGAUCACUCCACCAAGACGAACGUGGACAACGGCAAUGCCACGUUUGGAGACGUGUACGCUAGUCAGGGCCUUUUGGAGAGCGCGGCAACGAUGGCGACGGCGGCGGUGGCGCUGCCUUGGGUCGACGCCACCCGUGCCGAAGCCGAGGCAGUCGCCACUGCGCCCACCGCCACUUGCCCGGAGAGUCUGCCGGUGUCGAAAGUACGGCGACACGCCGAGGAGGAGGAGGACGACGGUGACGACGACGUUAAUACGUCUACCGUGGCAGCGACGCGGGCUCGUGACGUCUCUCAGGUCUUCCGGGAGCUGGAGGAGGCGCGGUCACGGGCGACCGAGUGCCGGAUCUGCCUGCCCGAGGGCUGCGUGCGGCAGUGGGCCGCCGAGAUGGUCGUGGCAGUGGAUGGCCUCCACCAACACGGCCUCAUCUGCCGCGACCUCAACCCCUCCAACAUCCUGCUCGACGACAGGGGACACAUUCUGCUCACCUAUUUUGGCCAGUGGAGCGAAGUGGACCAGAGCUGCAGCAGCCUUGCACAGGAGCAGUUCUACUGCGCCCCUGAGGUCGGUGGUAUUGCUGAGGAGACCGAGGCCUGUGACUGGUGGAGUCUUGGUGCCAUAAUGUUUGAACUCCUGACGGGACAGGCACUUCACGUGUCCCACCCGACUGGCAUCACAACGCACACUACGCUACACCUGCCCGAGCAUCUCUCCCCAGAGGCUGCCUCGCUCCUCCGCCAGCUGCUGCAGUUCAACGCGUGGGAGCGGCUGGGAGUGGAGGAGAUUCGAGCGCACCCCUUCUUCUCGGCGGUGCAGUGGGGCCGGCUGGCCGGACACUGAGACCCCGCGCAGAGGCCAGGCUGCCGUCGGCCAGUCACUCCGCCGCAACCCCUACUCGCCUUUUCUUGCCCAGAUGUGCUGCGGAAGUGUCAAUGACCGACACUCUCCACCCCGGUUUGUGCCACGAGCAAGGCGUCACACAAUGCUUGCCUGUGGCACUACGGCGGGCGUGGUCAACUACAAUUUUGGUGGCUGCACUUUAACAGCGUUGGUCCUGUCGAAAUGUUGCCAACAGCCAGCACGAUUGUACGUUUGUGUUGUUUUCACUGGUAUGUUGUUGGUUCGUGUUGCGUUGGCUUUUUUGUUUUUGUUGUAUGAAGACCAUUGUCCUUGAACAGCGUCUGGUGAAACGUCACUUCAGGUGGGUCGGAACAAAAUGAUAACGUGGAGGUGUGACUGCCUCUGAAGACAGAUGAAUAGCUGAAGGCUUUAGAAGAGUGUCCUCUGCUGUGAUUUUCUCAUGACUCCCGUCACUGAUUCUGAACAUAUCUCAUUUGGGGGGGGGAAUAAGGUGAUCUCUGAAAAACUUUUGAUUGUUUUUAUUAUUUGUGUGCCAUGCGCGCGUGCUGUACGUGUAACCUCAUUCCUGAAAGAAAGAAAGAAAGAAAAAAAAAUGCACUCCGAUUUGCGCGUGCAAUAUUUUGUAACUUUAAUUUUGCCGCGGCUGUGAGUGGGGGGGGCGCGGGGCAGGGGGGCGGGUUGGUUACGAUGAGAAGCGCGACGCCCGUUAAAAGUUCCCCCCCCCCCCGCCCCGCCUCUUGUCACGUUUUGGCUAAAUGGCGAUGCGUGCCCUUUUUUUGGCGCAGGACAGGGUGCAGUGUUGCGCCUCGAUCGCCGUGUGUCCUCAAAGAAAUAAUGUGAGCAGGUGUUUGCCUUGUCCCACAUCACAAAUGCGACGUCGCUUUGUUGUUAGUUGCGCAGAAGUAUCACGUGCCAGGCGGUCUCAGUUUUUAGCACUGUACUCUGUGACUGCUGUAGGACUGGAUUACUUGUUCCAGAAUUGGCCUGUGAUUUUCGGUGGUUUUAUAUUGCUUUUCAUGAUUGUAUGAUAUGCAAAACAAUAUACAUGUAAAACAUUACAGGCUAUAAAGUGGCACAUAUGCUGUCUUCGUGAAAAUACUGGGCUUUUACAAAGGAAACUGAUUUAUGAGGGCACCCCCCCCCCCAUUCGUGAAUUAGCCCCAUAUUUUAAGGGCACGUUCUAUCUUGUGAGAAUAUCUGAAAGAUCCGUGUUGUAACGCUAACCGCCGCUAACCUGACGCAGUAAGUUGUGCCGGGAGCUUGGCAAUUGCCCGCAGGGUGAUUUCUGGACUGAUUAAGAAAAAGUGCCCGUUGAAUUAAUUUAAAGUGUUCCCAUGUUUCGGCGCUUUUUUAUCUGCAAGAAAUCGGCACCUGUGUUAAUUAUAAAUACCUUUAUACUUGGUACUUACUUGGUCUUGGUGACUUUAGGGAAGGGCAUUUCUUGGCAUGGUGGCAAAACCAAUGCAUUCUUUGAAUAUAACUCGAAAUGCUGAGAAUCUGAGAUUUAGCCACGCAACAAUUUGCCCCUUAAAGAUUCGAUUACUGUUUAACAUUGUGGUGCAUGUAGGACCUGUGUUGGCUCCAAGGGUCACGUGAGAAUCUCGCAUACGAGGGUGGCACCAAGAGUUCCGAGCCUGGUGCAGAAUGAUAUAGCGGAGACCACUGAUGCUACAACUGCUCACAGUCCACGGUUGAGUUUACCCAUACAGCCAGGGUACAAAAUCCAUCUAUUGCAGGUAGACCAUGAUGGAUGCUGACGAUUAUUAAAUCAAGCAUUUUGCUCUCCCGACAUUUUUGACACUAGAACACGAAACAAUGAUUUAAUGUCCAAACACAAGUUGAAAGUGUUACAACGCGACAAUGCACCAUCAUACGCAACAACGGACAUACUGCAGGCUGCUGAUUAUCCGUCGUGACAGAACGGACCCUUGAAGAUGACCGCAAGGGUUGAGGCGGCCAGCGACUGCGGUGAAUGAG